AUGAAUGGCGCAGUCAAGGGAAAAAAAAAGUUGUCUAUGCUAUCUGGUGAUAUCUACCCUACCUCUGGUUCUGCCUCGAUCAAUGGCUUUGACCUUGUCACUGAGCGUGCCAGUGCACUCAAAUCAAUUGGUAGUUGUCCACAAUUCGAUGCCCUCAACACACAUCAACAACUCUCACCCUGCUCUCGUAUCAAGGGUAUUCCAGAACACCAAAUUGAUGAAACUGUUUAA